AUGAAAUUAUCUGCUUAUCAAAUCGAAGAAAUCAAAUAUCGCCCAGGGAAAUUAAAUGCCAACGCUGACUCAUUAUCACGAAAUCCAUUAUCAAAUGAUGAUAUCAAUCAACAAGAACUGUCAACAAUAGAAACAGCUGUCAAUCUAUGGCAAAAUACAAACAUUCUUAAUGACAUCAAAGAAGAACAAGAAGCCGAUUCCAAAUUAAAGCCGACAAUCGAAUUUUUAAAAACACAACCAACAACAGAUUUUAAUGAUAAACGUAAUCCCUUCAUUCUCAUUAACGGAUUACUGUACAAAAUUAAAAACUCGAACAAACAUUAUAAUCAAUGUGUCAUCGGCGAAAAGCAUCUGCUGGUCAUUCCAAGAACGAUGCAAAAUAAACUAUUGAAAUGGGCACAUGACCACCCAACAGCCGGACAUGGUGGCCAACAAAAAACAUUAUUUAGACUAACAACAAAAGUAUAUUGGGAAUCAAUGAGAAAAGAUAUUUUUAAUUAUGUGGCCGCUUGCCAGAAAUGUCAACAAUUUAAGUACAAUAAUGCCCCAACGUCAAGUCCAUUACAAAUGCAUGUAGUGAACGAACCAUGGCAUACAAUUGAUGUGGAUAUUAUGGGCCCGUUACCAACUACAGCUAGACAAAAACGAUUUCUUCUCGUCGUAGUGGAUUAUUUCACCAGAUGGGUCGAACUAUUUCCACUGAGAUCAACUACAUCCAUCGACAUAGCAAAUAUUCUUAUGAAUGAAGUAUUUUCAAGGUACGGGCUACCAAAGCACAUCGUAUCAGAUAAUGGUCCUCAACUGGUCUCAAAUGUAUUUAAAGAUUUUUGUGAUACAUUGGGCAUCAAGCAAAAUUUAACCGCAAACUACCACCCACAAAGCAACAUGACAGAACGUGUAAAUAGAACAUUAAAGCCGUUAAUCGCCAUAUAUGCUCAACAACAACACAACUCAUGGGAUACUGAAAUUCAAAAAUUAGCAUUUGCAAUUCGUACUGCAAUCAACGAAACAACCGGUGAAACUCCAGCUUUUAUGAUGUUCGGUCGAGAUCCCAGGGGGCCCCUCGAUUUACUAAUUGGUGAGGCGAUAGAAGAGCCUAAUUCAACUACAAUUCAUAAUGGAUCAAUUCAAGAAUACAAGAAAAAGUUGAUAAACAAUUUACGAUGUGCGUAUAAUGUUAUUAAAGAACAUGCAGAGAUAGAAAAAAUAAAACAAAAGGAAAAAUAUGAUCAACAUACAACUCAUAGACAAUACAACGAAGAUGAUCUCGUGUGGGUGGCGAAUCCAAAAGCAAAGAUUGGAGAAAACUCUAUGGAAGGAAAAUUACAUUCACAUUAUCAAGGCCCAUGCCGUCUGAUCCAACAACUAUCGCCAAAUACGUUCACAGUAUGCCGUUUAAGCGAUAACAUCAACUUAGGUGCCACGAAUACAGAUCGUCUCAAACCCUACAUUGAAUUAAAUAGAAAUAAUCAAACUACAACAAAAUUUAUAAAUGAUCAAUCAGCCGACGGAAAAAACACUCCGACAUCAAUCAGCGAGGAUGGACCACCGCCGCAGUAUCCAGAACGACAAAAGAUGAAAAAUAAUAAUAAGUCGCCGAUGUACAAUCAAUCAUCGCAACGUCGAGUGUCAAAUCGUCACCGCAAGGUGCCGAUACGCUAUGUCGAAAAUUAA